AUCGCUGUGUUAAAAAGGUAGACGCGUGCUGUUUGGUCCUCUGUAGCUUCCUCUGUGCUUCUCUUCCUUUUACUCUCACCUCUUUCCCUUUUUUAAUCUUUUGUUUUUCGUCCCUCUCUGCUUGCUCUUCCCCUUGUGUAUGUUUCUUUGCUCUAUCAGUAGUGUGUGUCUAUAAUCUUCUUUCGUUCUUGCUUGCUUAUCUUUCUCUCUUUGUAGUCCUGGAUCGAGAUAGUUCUCUCCUGCUCCUCAUUCAGAGUCUUUGCGUGUGAAUUGGUUUCACGUUGUGUGUGCACAUGCAGUGUAUUUACCGUUACUGUGUGUACUGUAUGUGGAUACGUCUUAUAUAUCUUAUAUGUGUAUGAAUGUGUGCGCAUGGAGGUGUGUGUUUCAGACAUGGAGAUGAGCUUUGUGUGCCUGUGUAUGAUGCUGAUAGCCAGCGUGACACCUGUGUCUGCUGCAGCACAGCCCGGUAUCAUAGAGAGCCUCCUAAUGGCCACCCUCCAGCGUCCCUGGCUCUGGGGGGUCUACGUCUUCAUCGUUGGACUUCCUGCCAUUCUCUUCAUUAGCUUCAUGUGGCCUGACAAGAGAUUUGGUCCCCCUGAUCAAGAGUAUUACUACAAGAAGUCUGAUGAUGCUCGACCAGAUGAUCCUCAGUUCUCACAGCGGACAGAGGCAGUGCAUAUCAAAGGAAAGGCUGACAGAGCUGGAACGAGGAGGAGAGACACUCAUGGUAACCAGAGGAAGUGUGACUUAGACCUGAAGGAUCAUUGAUCAUCAACGCAACGACGCCAGGAGAGGAGAGCACCACCAACACACAAGAGGAUGCUGGGCAAUCACAUCUUUGGCCGUAUUGAUGACUGGACAAAACCAUCGGUGACCAUCAUUGUUAUCACAAAGUCCACCUCACUACGAUUUUGAUUCGAUUCGGCUCAGGGGCCUGCAAUCGACAAUUUAAUUACUGUUAAUAUUUUAUUACUAUCAAUAGGCAAGCUUCUUACUGUGCUCUGAGGUGCACUUGGAUGGAAACAUUGACAGAUGUGCCAUGGGAAUUUCAAAGUAAAGGCGUAUCUUAAAGAUGAUGAUAUGUAUCGAUGUUUUCAGUUUUCAUCGAUGUUAUUGAAUCUUUGAUCAUUAAAUCAAUAUAUUAAUCCAGAUCGAUGGAUCCCUAAAACUAAUUGAAUGUGUGAGGACUUACUGACUGUAUUAUAGUUUUGAUUCAUUUAUAAAUUAAUCGAUAUAAGAGUAGUAGUUGUAAUUAUUUAUUUGUGUGACGUAUAACUUGUAUAUGUAAUUUACUAUGAUUAUUGUUGUUAUUGAUAUUAUUGAAAAAUAAAAUAAUAUAUCUAUAUAUAUAAUUAUAUGUUUUAUUAUGAAUAUAUCAUUUUUAUUGCACACACAAUGCCAAAAAUCUAUCUGAGAGUAUUAUAUUUGAAGAACUCUUCUUUUUUUCUAUGUGUAGAUAAUAAUACAUAACAUGGUCUCAUCAU